GCAAAAAAACAUUAACAUGGUCAAGCUCAUGAGAGCAUAUGCCAUUAUCUUGUGCUUAACUUUUCUAACAUUGCUUGUUGGUCGUGAGGGCACAAGAGUUGCAAGCAAAGCCGAAGAAGAAAAAAUAGGGUGGAGUAUUUGCAAUGCUUAUCGCGCUUUUCCAGGAUUGAAGUGGUGUUGUUGCGAUGACCAAAUAUCGUGCUUUUCUACUAAAGAAUCGUGUGUUCAAUUUUGUGCGGAGAGACGUCGGGUGUGUGAUGAAUCGAAACUAUGA